AUUCACCUGUUUCUGUCCUUCAAGAUAAAACUCGAGGAAUCAAUUCGUUACAACCCGCAUGAUGCCGUGGAAUCGUGGCUCACAUCCCUUCUCUGCCUUGACGCUACAGUGGUUCCAAACCUCAACUCCGGUUGUCCCACACCGGAAGCCUGUGAGCUGUACUACAUUGACCGGGAUGCGCUCUUUUCAUACCAUCGGGCAGCAGAAGCGUUCCUUCAACGGGUGGUAUCCAUUUGUGUCUCGUCUCAUUACAAGAACAGCCCCAACGAUUUGCAAAUGAUGAGCGACGCUCCAGCUCAUCACCUGUUUUGCCUACUGGGUCCGAUUACCAAGAAAGAUCAGCUACCGGAAAUUCUGGUGGUGAUUCAAGUGUGCCUGGAAGGACAAAUAUCCUCACAGUCGAUUCAAAACUCGUUGGCUCGCGGGAUGAAGAGCGCGGGCGAUCUGAUCCCAUGGAACAUUGCCGAGCAGUACGGUGAUCAGCAAUUUCCCAAGCUCAGCGGAGCCCGGAUCGUGCGAAUUGCCACACAUCCCAACUAUCAACGGAUGGGAUACGGCAAGCGGGCUCUGAAGCAGCUUAGAAAUUACUACGAAGGUAAUUUCACAUCCCUCUCCAACGACCUGGAGGAUGACGAUCUGGACAACGGAAUCCAAACAAUCGACGAUGAAGACGUUGGACUUUUGAAGGAGGUAAUUGAACCUCGCAAAAAAGUGCCCACACUGCUGAAACGGUUGUCCGAACGUCGACCGGAGCAUCUGGAUUACCUGGGCACAUCGUUUGGCUUGACAAAUGAUUUGUUGCGGUUUUGGAAAAGUCAAAAGUUUGUUCCGGUUUAUCUGAGCCAGAAGGAAAACGAUUUAACCGGAGAGCAUUCGUGCAUUAUGCUGUCGCCCAUCAGCACCAGCUUGGAAAAGGUGGAAAGCAGUGACUGGCUGAAAGAAUAUUUCAUUGAUUUCCGGAGAAGAAUUCUGAAACUGCUAGGAAAGGCAUUCAGCAAGUUCAACACUGGAAUGUCGCUUUCGCUACUUGACAACCGUGCGGUGAAAAUUGAAGGAAAAGAAUUGACACAAAAAACGAUCGACGAAUACUUCCUGCCUCACGAUAUCCAACGCUUGGAAAUGUACGCCCGCAACCAGGUCGAGUACAAGCUGAUCAUGGAUCUAACGUCGGAUUUGGCCCUUCUCUACUUCCAAUCGAAAAUGGCCAGCGCCAACAUAGAUUCGCUCCAGAAAGCCAUCCUCCUGGGAACGGGCCUACAGCACAAAACCAUCGAAAAGCUGUCGGAAGAGUUCAACAUGCCCAACAACCAAGUGCUGGCCAAGUUCUAUGACUGCUUGAAAAAGCUUACGAAGUAUGUCGACUCCGUGCUGGAGCGUACCAUCGAGAGCACCAUGGUGAACGAGAGUCAGCUGAACACGGGAGAAAAUCUGGUGGCACUCGACAAAUCCAUCAACGAGGAUCUGGCGGACGACGUCCGAAAGCUCGAGAAGAAGCAAAAGAAAGAGCUGGCUCGGUUGAAGAAGGAAAACCUCGAUCAGUACGUAAUCAAGGGUACGGACGAUGAGUGGAAAAAUGCGCUGGCGAAAAACAAGUCUUCGAUUGUGUCGAUUAAGAGCGGCGAGAAGCGCCUUGGAGAAGAUAAUGAUAUGUCUUACGAGGAAAAUGAACAUUCUUUCAAAAAGAAGAAGUCAAAGCAUGAUUUCGGGAAGAAACAGAAGUUCCGAAAAAAUAAGUAGAACGUCGGGACAUCUGAAGUCAACGUUUUGUAAUAUGAUUUUACAAAGAUAAUGUUGAAUAAAGAUAGUAUAUUACA